AUGAGUGCAAAUGUAAACGGUAAACGACAGUGUGUAACAUGUAAUAAAAGUAGUGGUAUUCUAAUAUGUGAUGGAUGUCAACAAUUAUUUUGUAGUAAACAUACAAUUGAACAUCGACAAAAACUUGCUAAUCAAUUAGAUGAAGUUAUGCAAGAUUAUGAUCUAUUUCAACAAGAACUUGAUAAAUUAAGACUUAAUAAUUCUUUAUUGAAAAAAAUCGAUAAAUGGGAAGAAGAAUCAAUAACAAAAAUUCAAGUUGCUGCUGAAGUUGCACGAGCAGAUUUAAUGGAAAUUCUUACAAAUUCAAAACAACGAAUUUUUAAAACAUGUCAUGAUAUUGCACUCAAUGUUCAAUCAUCUCGUGAAGCGGAUGAUUUUUGUGAAUCGGAUAUUAAAGAAUGGAUGAAGAAAUUAGAUGAACUUAAAACACAAUAUACAACACCACCAACAAUUAAAUUAACUGAAAAUAAAUACUCCGUAAUUCCACUAAUUAUGAUUAAAACUAAUAAUUCAACGAAAACAAUGUUAAGGAGGAGUAGAUCAUCAUUGCUAUGUAUUGCACAAGAAAGAUUUUCACAAGUUUUUGGUACGGCUAUAAUUGAAGAUGAAGAUCUUCUUGCUAGACAUAUUGGUUGUCGAGGAGAAUAUGGAUUUGUUUUUGGUGAACGACAAUAUUCUACUGGUCGACAUAUGAUACGAUUUAUGAUUGAAUUUAAUCGACUAUUUUUUGAUACUUAUUUAGGAUGUGUUUCAUCUAAAUUAAAGAAUAGUACAAUGAAUUACAAUUCAUCAUUUGUUGCAGGUUGGUUUGGUUGUAAUGAAAUUUAUCAACAUGGUAUUUGCGAAGCAAAUGAUAAUGAAACUGGAUAUGAUAGUAGUGAAAUAAGAACAAAAGAUAUAUUAUGUCUUACAUUUGAUUGUGACAAACAUCAAAUUGAAUUCACUCAUGAAAGUACAAACAAAACUCAUAUACUAUCAGUUAAUCUUGAGAAGGCUCCUUUUCCAUGGCAACUUUUCGUUGUAUUAUCUCGACCAGAUGAUCGAAUAAAAAUUCUAGAUAAUAUAUAA